GGCGCCAGAAGAAAACGCCGGGCGUCGCGUUAAUAACUAUCGUCGUCGCCGUCGUCGGUUGUUUCAAUCGACGCAAGUUUUCGAUACCGCAGAGCGGAAUAUAUUUUUUUAAUGUGACAUUAAGUGCGUAUACCUGAAUCGGUGGCAGUUCCUAUAUAUUUCUAACCGUUUUAGAAGUAGUACGUUUAGUGCGGUUUUAAGUUCCGAGUUAGAACUACGUCGCAACCACGUUACCGUUAUGUCAUUGAAGAAACUGAUGGACUACCGCAGAAAAUGCGCCCACCGCAUCUCGAAGGGCGUUCAAUUGGCGAGCAUGUGAUGCGUCGCGAUGCCCACCCUGUCCGCGGCGCCUGAGCUGAGUUCCGGCGGCCGCGACGAGCGGCAGAUCAGCGGCGCAUCCCGACCAGCCGCCAUGAGCCCCGAACAGGAAGCGUCGCCGCCGCCCGCCGCCCCAGGCGCGUCCCCGCCGCCCGCGCCGCCCACUCGGCUCUCCUCGCCGACGGGUUCGGCGGCGGCCGGUGCCGCAAACUCGGACGUCGAGCAGUUCGCCGGUAAAAUCGUCUACAACCCCGACGGUUCCGCUUACAUCAUCGAGGAUUCGGAGAGCGGCGACGGCGGCGAGUGUCAGGGACCGCCCGCCCCCGACGUCGUGCCGCCCUUACAAGCGGUCUACGUGUCGCGGUUGCUAAGGCAACCGUCCGCGCGACCGACCGAACUACCCGCUGUGCAUAGUUACCGCGUGGUGGCAUUGCGGGACGCGCGUCCACCACGUCCCGCGUCGGUACCCAUCAAACCGAUCCUGAUGUGUUUCGUGUGCAAAUUGUCGUUCGGGUUCGCGAGGUCGUUCGCGAACCACGCCCAUUCGGAACACGGGGUGGCUCUGAAAGACAACGAACGCGAAGUGCUAGCGGCGGACUGUAGUGCAAUCCUCCAGUGCGUGGGGGCGGAUAAGAGGCCGGUGGUGUCGUUGCUGGAACCGUUGGGGAGCCCGGCGCAGGAACCUCACCAAAUGAGCCAGUUGAUCCCGAUGCAAAAUAAUCGUCCCGAGGGUCCAUCUCCAAUGACUGAAACUCCACCCGGUUCGUCGGCCCGGAACACCCCCGGAAAAUCGCCGUCGCCGCCGUUCGCCACUCCGCCGGCCUUCAUGACCGGUACGACGAUAGGGGUGUGUCCGGAACACCUCCAAGGUCGUCCAUCGGGCGUCGAGUGCGCCCGCUGCGAGAUGAUCCUGGCUUCCGGCCGUCUCGGUCCCGCGGGCCUCGCGAACGUCCACAGUCGCAACUCCUGCAAGACCCUCAAAUGUCCCAAGUGUAACUGGCACUACAAGUACCAGGAAACGUUGGAGAUUCACAUGAAAGAGAAACACCCGGAGGCGGAGACGAGUUGUAUCUACUGCAUAGCUGGCCAGCCGCAUCCACGACUGGCCAGAGGCGAGACCUACACGUGUGGCUACAAACCGUACAGGUGCGAAGUUUGUAACUACUCGACCACCACCAAAGGCAAUCUUAGUAUACACAUGCAAUCCGAUAAGCACCUGAACAAUAUGCAAGAGCUGCAGAACGGCGGCGGACCGAACAGCGAGCCCAGACAGGCGUCGCCGAAGGCACCUGCGUUGCACCACUCGCCCGUCAGCAGCGGCCACAAACCCAAACCUAGUUUUAGGUGUGACGUGUGUAAUUACGAAACGAACGUCGCUAGGAAUCUCAGGAUACACAUGACCUCCGAAAAGCACACCCACAACAUGUUGGUGUUGCAACAAAACGUUAAACAUAUGCAAACCUUAUCCGCGUUGCAUCACCAGCAACAUCCGCAGCAGCACAUGGAGAGCCUGUACGGCAUUUAUCCGGGCUUGGGAGACAAACCGGAAGCGGCGCUGGCCGAUAUGGCCUACAAUCAGGCGUUGCUGAUACAAAUGAUGACCGGCGGUCAGUUGCCCGGUCACACUGGUCCCGCGGACAUGGCCGCGCACUCUGACCUCGGCCUGAACCCGGAAACGAUGGAACCGCCGCCGGAGCCCGCGGAUCCGGACCCGGAAAAGAUCUACCAGUGCUGCGUCUGCAACGUAUUCCAGACGGAUAAUCUGGAGGACUUGGGCAGACACCUCGCGCUGGACAGAACAAGACUGAGAGAGCAGGAGAUAUUGGCGGUGGUGGCCGGCCAUUACGUGUGCAAAUUGUGCACGUACAAGACGAACCUGAAAGCGAACUUCCAACUCCACUGUAAGACUGACAAGCAUCUCCAAAGGUUGCAGCACGUGAACCACGUGAAGGAGGGCGGGGCGCGGAACGAAUGGAAACUGAAGUACGCGUCCGCUCCGGGUGGCGUGCAGAUCAGGUGCAACGCGUGCGACUAUUACACCAAUUCCGCGCACAAACUCCAACUGCACGCGGCGGCCGGCCGUCACGACGCCGGCGUCGCCUUACUCAAACACCUGCUGGAAAGGUGCAACGCGUUGGCGCCGAACCAACCGCGGGUGUUUCAUUGUUCUUUGUGCGGGUUUUCCGCGACCAACCGACUACCUCUUCUCCAACACGUACGAUCUCUGAAGCAUCUCCACAUGGAGCAGCUGCACCAGCUCCAAAGGCGGGCGGAGGGCAAGGACGCGUCGCCCGACAUCGGCGAAGUUUUCCACGUGGUGCCGGGACCCGUCGACGGGACCCAGACCCCUCAGCAGCAGCAAACUCCAGAACGCCGAGACAGUAUCAACUCCGAACUGAGCCAGAUCGAGGCCAACCGCGACCAAGUGAAAUCCGAACCUCGGGAGGACACCGACGAACCGGGCUGCGAAUCCUCCCAAAUCCAUCCCCACCUCUGUCCCUACUGCGAAUACUCGAGCGACUCCGAAAUGCGCAUCCAAGCCCACGUGCUCGCGCAGCAUUGCUCCGGUAGCGCGGGGAACGUCCAAGAAACGGUCAUCCAUUGCCCGUUGUGCCAAGAUCUCUUCAAAGACCGUACCAGCCUCGAACGGCACGUGAUGCAAAUCCACUCGGUGAACAGCGAAGGCCUGCAGAGGCUGCUGAUGCUCGUAGACCAGAGCCACUGGCUCAACCAAGCAUCCAGGACGCCUACUCCCAACAAUUCGGUGCCCAAUCAGGUGUCACCCACGUCCGUAUCUUCCAAAGACUCGAACAAGCUGGAGCGAAGCGCCGAAACGGAGGGCGAGCCCGAUCUGCUGUCGCCAUCUAGCGACGACAAUGCGGAAUCGGAAUCCGAGCGUUGCGGCACGUGUUUCAAAACGUUUCGUAACAUCGACGAGCUGUGUUUCCAUCAGAACGAAACCGGUCACCUGGAGAUCAAACAAACGCCGAGCGGACCGGGCUACGUGUGCUGGAAGAAAGGUUGCAACCAGUUUUUUCCAACCGCGCACACCCUGCAGAUGCACUUCAAAGAGGUCCACGCGAAGAACUCGGUGUGCAACAUGUCCGUCUCAGAGAAACACGUGUACAAGUACAGAUGCAAUCAGUGCUCGCUCGCGUUUAAGACCCUCGAGAAGUUGCAACUCCACUCGCAGUACCAUCUGAUCCGAGACGCGACCAAGUGCGUUUUGUGCGGGAGGAGCUUCAGGUCGCUAGUCGCGUUGCACAAGCACGUCGAGAGCGUCCACUCGGAGCUCACCGACGAAGAGCUGAACGCUUACAAGCAGAGCCUUAUGAAUAACCCCCUCCUGCUCGCCGGGUUACAAGGACAGAUCCUCGACAGCUCGACGAACGAUCUGCUGAAGAAGGAGUCGAUGAGGGGCGACGAGAACGAGUGCGAGGACGCGAAAGAUGCCACGCUGGACGACGGCAAUCAAAACGACGGCGAGAACUCGGACGACAGUAUCGUCUACAAGGACCAGCAGUUCUUGGAAGACUACCUGAACAGCCAAGCGAUCGCCGAGGACAGUUACAACGAUCCGAAUCGAAAGUACAAGUGCCACCGUUGUCGGGUGGCAUUCACGCGACAAAGCUACCUAACGGCGCACAACAAAACGCUCCUGCAUCGCAAAGGCGAAAAACUGAGCUAUCCGAUGGAGAAAUACCUCGACCCGAACCGCCCGUACAAGUGCGACGUGUGCAAGGAGAGUUUUACGCAGAAGAACAUCCUGCUGGUGCAUUAUAACUCGGUGAGCCACCUGCACAAGCUAAAGCGCGCGAUGCAGGAGCAGCAGAACAACAACAACAACCCGCCGAUCUCGCCGGUCCAAGCUCAAAACUUGUCGCUGACGCCGAAGGGCGCGUGCGGCGACGAAGACGACAAGAAAAAGUACCGUUGCAACAUCUGCAAAGUGGCGUAUACGCAGGGUAGCACGCUCGACAUCCACAUGCGCAGCGUGCUCCACCAGACGCGCGCUAGCAAGCUCCAAGAUUUGGCGAUGGCCGGUCAGAUUGACCUCACGAAACCGCUGAUAGAACAACCGGAGGCCGUGCAGUCUCCGAAACAGUCGAGUCCCGCGCCAGGUAGUGGGGACAAACAACCCUCUCCCACCCCGCCGUCGCCCGGUCUCUCAGGUAGUCAAGGGAUGACGGGGUGCUCGAAAUGCGGCUCGCUAUUCAAUUCGCAAGAUCAGUUGAGCGCGCACCAGCUCUACUGCAUGUUCGCGGCCCCGAUGGCCAUAUUUCAAAACGCGAGCGAACCGAACCAGGCGAAGAGUCCGCCUCCGAUCGAAGACCAAUCGAAACUGAACAUGUCCAACAAUAAAAAGGGUUCGCACAUCUAUAAACAUUUGCUCGAGGGGUUCGGGUUCGACUUGGUGAUGCAAUACAACGAGAGCCACCAGAGGAGGCAGCGGCAGCAGCAACGCGAAGCCGAAGAAAAGGCCGCGGAAGCGGAGGCGGCGGCCGCGGUGGCGGCCAGCGCCGCGGAAGAGAUCCCGGAGACGCCGGUACCAGCGGUAUCCGAAGAACAAGCCGAACCGGCGAAAGACGCAACCGAAGAAGGCGGCGACGUCGCCAGUUUGCCCGAAGUAAGUAAAUCGACCUGUCAGACGUGCAACAAAGAGUUCUCGAGUGUGUGGGUGCUCAAGUCUCACUGUGAGGAGGUGCACAAGGACCUGGUGCCGCUCGAAUACUUAGAAAAGUAUGCUCAACAGCUGAAAAACGAGAUCGAAAAGAAAACCGUGGUCGUGACCGUGGCGACGUCGUCGACGAACAACACGCAACCGCGAGUGACUACCCCGACCGCCACGCAAAGUCCCGCCGCCGCGGAAAACGCGACCCCCGACAAGGAGGACGAGUCCAAGGACGUCCUCCACGCGAAACUUAACCUCCAAACGCCUCCGGAGGCGACCUCGACCGCGCCUUCGACGCCGACCUCUUCGACUACGCCGGCCAGCAGCACCGAUUCGCUGCCGGCGAAUAUCCAGGCGAUGCUCGCGCAGACCAUGGCUCAGAAUCCGAUGGCGCUCGCUCAGCAAAUGUCCGAGAUGCAGGCCGCCUUCAACGUGAUGCAGCUGCAGCAGCUCAACUUCAAUCCGAUGAUGCAGAUGAUGGGAAUGGGGUUGCCGCUGGGGCUGAACGCCCUGGCGGCGAUGAACCUGCAGCCGCCACUGGUGCCGUUGAUGAUGCCGCCGCCGCCGUACGACCCGAUGAGCCAGUUCGGGCCGCAGGAUCAGCAGGCCAUCUUGGCCAAACAACAGGCGGCCAUGAUGCAGCAGCAGGCGGUCGCGAACGCAGCCGCGGCCAAUCAAAAACGAGCCCGUACCCGAAUCACCGACGAACAGUUGAAAAUUUUGCGCGCCCACUUCGACAUCAACAACUCCCCUUCGGAAGACCAGAUCCACGAGAUGGCCACCCAGAGCGGGUUGCCGCCCAAAGUGAUCAAACACUGGUUCCGAAACACCCUCUUUAAAGAACGCCAACGUAACAAAGACAGUCCUUACAACUUCAACAACCCCCCGAGCACGACACUGAACUUGGAAGAGUACGAGAAAACUGGCGAAGCGAAAGUGAUGCCGCUGAACAGCUCGGGUAGCAGUAGCGACGAGCAAAACAAGAGUAAAGAGUCGUCGUCGCCGCUUCAACAGCCCGAGAUCAAAGCGGAAAUCAAAGAAGAGCCGGCGGAAGAGCCCCAAACGCAACACCAGCAGCCGAAAUUCGAGGACAAACCCGCCGAAGAAAAGCUGAACAUAUUCAACCUGCCUCCGAACUUGCAGACGCCUCAAAGUCCCGCCACUUCUGUCGCGUCGAGCGAGGGCAUGACCAUGUCUCAGCCCACCACUCCCAACAACCUAACGCUGACGUCGAUCAUCGCGUCGCAACUUGGUGACACCUUAACGACGAGCACGCCCACUAUGAACAUGCAAACCCACCACGGUCUGAGCAGUCCUAUGUUGCCGCCACCCAAAAUCAACCAACAAAAUUUUCCAAAUCCCGGGACUCUGCAGGGGAUGCUUCCCAUGACCCCGAACCGAUGCCUGAGCCCUAACAAAGACUACUGCUCGAAUAGUCAAGGUUCAAGCGGCUCGACUGGCAAACGAGCCAACCGUACGCGAUUCACCGACUACCAAAUUAAGGUGCUGCAGGAGUUUUUCGAGAACAACGCGUACCCCAAGGACGACGACUUGGAAUACUUGUCCAAACUGCUCAAUCUCAGCCCUAGAGUGAUCGUGGUGUGGUUCCAAAAUGCCAGACAGAAAGCCCGGAAAGUGUACGAGAAUCAACCGGCCGCGGAACCCGCUCCGGGUAUCGAUGAGUCCGGCGCCAACAGGUUCCAGCGAACCCCCGGCCUCAACUAUCAGUGCAAGAAAUGCCUGCUUGUUUUCCAACGAUACUACGAACUGAUCCGUCAUCAGAAAACUCACUGCUUCAAAGAGGAGGAUGCUAAGCGGUCCGCGCAGGCUCAAGCGGCCGCUGCCCAAAUAGCUGCCGUUUUGAGUUCGGAGGACUCUAAUUCCAGCACCAUCGCCGAACAGUCGCAGCAGCAACAGCUACAGACGCAACCCCAAAACUUAACACAACAAUCGAGUUCGCAACCUAGCUCGGCUCACAGCCCUGUCCCGCCGAAUCAACCUACUACUCCUACCCCGAGCCAGAUGAACUACCCGGCUACGUCGCCAUCGCCGUCAGAUACGAAGGAAGGCACGUUCCAGUGCGACAAGUGCAACCUCGUCUUCCCCAGGUUCGAGUUAUGGCGCGAGCAUCAGCUGGUUCACUUGAUGAACCCCAACCUGUUCCCUUCGUAUCCUCCGGACUCUCCGUUCGGGAUUCUGCAGCAGCACGCUCAACUUCAGCAGUUUGGGGUUAAUUUGGGCGAGAUGGCGAAACAGAACGCGAACGCUCCCACCCCCAACGUGCCCCACCCGUUGAUAAACAUGCUGAAUAACGUUACCGGACAGAAGAGGAAAAUCGAAGACUUUGACGGCGAAAGCGACACGUCAGAUCAACCCAAAGACAAACGUCUAAGGACAACUAUUCUACCCGAACAGUUGGAUUACCUCUACCAGAAGUACCAGAUCGAAAGUAACCCGUCGAGGAAAAUGUUGGAGAAUAUCGCCAGGGAGGUCGGCUUGAAGAAACGCGUGGUACAGGUUUGGUUCCAAAACACCCGUGCUCGGGAAAGGAAGGGUCAGUUUAGAGCCCACGCCCAAGUGAUUAAUAAGAGGUGUCCAUUUUGCCCGGCCUUGUUCAAAGUGAAGUCCGCGCUAGAGUCGCAUCUGAGCACGAAACACGCCGAUCAAUGCGCGAGGGGCGAGAUCAACAUCGACGCUUUACCUGAUGAGGAGAUUAGCCUGGAGUCGGCCCCCAGCUUGAGCAGCGGCGGCGAUAGCAAGUUCCAGCAGAACCCAAACAUGAUUCCGCCGCUUUUCCCGCAGCUGCAUCCCGACAUGGAGAGCUCCAUUAAAAAGUACUACGAGGAGAGCAUGAAGAGGUACAUCAACGAACUGCAGCAACACGCCUCCUCGUCUUCCAACGGUGACAAGAGCGAGAUAAAGUGUGAAAAGGGGGAAGGCGGUGAGAUCCCAUUGGAUCUAUCGAAACCGGUGGACUUGUCCCGCCCUAUGAAAGUGUCCAUGGAACACGAGAGAAAUUUGUGCGAUCCGGGGCCACUGACAGAUCUGAGCGAGCGUUCUCUGUGCGACGAAAGGAGCGACACCAUGUCUGAGACGACUGAAUUCAUAGACGACGAGAGCAACCCGACCUCUCCCGCUAGUAGUACCCAGAGCAAUACCCAACGCCAGAUGAAUACCAGCGGCGGUUCCCAGCACGGAGGCGCCAAACGGUACCGCACCCAAAUGUCUUCGGUGCAGGUGAAAAUCAUGAAAAUUUUGUUCGGCGAUUACAAAACGCCCACGAUGGCCGAGUGCGAGAGUUUGGGCAGAGAAAUCGGACUUCCCAAGCGGGUGGUGCAAGUGUGGUUCCAAAACGCUAGGGCCAAAGAGAAGAAGAGCAAGCUGGCCUUGCAAAAGGCCCUCGGACAGCCGGAUAACGAUAACCCGGUACUGCCGGAAGACUGCAAGUACUGCAACUUCAAGUACUCGCACAAGUACUCGGUACAAGACCACAUAUUCACCAAGAGCCACAUCGGGAACGUGCGCGCGCACCUCGAAAAUCAAGGCACCAAGGAAACCGGCGAGGGAGGAGAGUUCACCAUACCGCCGCUUCCCGGAGCUUCUAGCACGGCCGAUUCGACCACCGCGAAUCAGCAACAGCAGCAGCAGCCGCAGAACAUCAACAACAACACUCACAUGCAAUUGCUGCAGAUGCAGAUGGCCGGGAUGCAGAUGACCGGGGCUCAGGUGGCGGCCGCCCAGAAGGGGGAGCAAGAGGAGAACCAGGACAGCCUGUUUCAGCAGCUCUACAGUCUGAGCAACAGUCCCGGGUUCGGUGUUCAGAACCAAUACGUCCACCAUGCGAUGUUCGGCGCGAACGGGGGAGCCGGAGGACUGCUUCUAGACACCGGUUCCGGACCGUCUUUCCUCCCGCUACCCGCUCCGGUCUUGGAGCAGGUGGCGGCCGGCAAUUCGGAACCGGGGGUGACCACCCUCAAGCUGCCCGACACUUACCACCGUCCAGCCGACCUCCCGGUCCGCGACGUCGACAUCGAGGUCUGUUUCGUGUGCAAGAAAUGCCGCCUGGCGUUCCCUACCGACUCCCCUUUGCUCGCUCACCAACGGCAAUGCUACGGCGCCGACCAACAGAGCAGGGGGGCGUUCCGCGUCGUCCAAACGGGGUACGAGUGUCGCGCGUGUAACACGCACGACAAAUUCAAAACGUUGAUAGAGUUGAGGAACCACCUGGAGGUGCACCAGAGAACGCCCCCGGCCGAGUCGCCUUUGAGUCACGAAAUGGAGGACGUGGUCAAUCAAAUCACGCUGUUGGCGGCCAGGGCUGCUCAAGAAACGCCACAGCAAGGACUGGAUGGUAAUUCGAACGCUUUUUGUCAACCGGAGGCCAAGAAGAGAUUCUUGAGUCCUUCGGAGGUGGCGCAGCCAGUAGCAGGUGCCGGUGGUCGUUAACCGAUUCUGUGAGUAGGUUGAGGGGUGGCGACAGGUUGCGUUGGUGGCUCAUAGAGUUUGCGCAAGCGAUCCGAAAGAACUGAAAUGACUCAUACCAGGUCAGAAAAUUUUAGUUGGUUUUGGUUAGGUUAUCAAAAUUUGUUUAUACCAUAUUGAGUAACAAUUCAAAUCGGUGGUUGUAGUUUUAAAAUCAUUUGAGGGUGCAUCAUUUAGAUACAAACUCAACUUCUGUCUCUUCUACAUUCUUUCGACUGAUUUUUAGGGAGCUCUGACAACUGUUUGCAGUCUAAUUGUACGCUUUGAGUGUGAGCAAUUGGUUCAUAUCCUUUCUCAGUGGAAGUAAUUGAAAAUCGAAAGGAAGAAUAAAACUGCAUUUUUUUCCCUUUCUUUCGAUAAAUAUCCUUAAGUAGUGAAUUGGCAAAUGAUAAUCAAUUCCUCAUUGUCAUUCGUCAAAAGCUAUAUUGACCAUUUUGUGACCAAUGAGUACCCAACGGUUUACUUUUUUUAUUUUAUUUUACAUUUUACUAAGAGAUAAAGAUGAAAACGGAUACAUACGUCAACUCGAUUGAUAGAAAAUUGAUGACUUCAAACGCUGAUGAAAUUUAGGUGUACCAUGUUACUAUCUAUUUUAUUGGUUCUCUUUGUGGCAAGCGUUUGAAAUGAAAUAUAGGGAACAAUGAUAACCUUAAUUGCUCCCACUUUGAAUUUAAGCAUCUGAUCCAUAUUUUUUUAGCAAUUGUGAAUAGAAAGGAAGAAGAAGAUUGCAUUUCUUUUCCUUUCUUUCUAUAAACUUCGGUAACUUAGUGGUGAAGAAUGAUAACGAAAAUAAUCAUCAUCUGAAGGUGCACCGGAGGAUUGUUUUAUUGUUUUCUUCUAUGGCUAGAUACACAUCGAACUGCAACACGUAUACAGCGUUCGACUGACCACAAUGACAAUCUAAUUUUGUGUAUUUUUCGAAAACUGUUGUCGCUUUAGCCUGAUGAUAAAAUAUGCAACAGAGUUUCCGAAACCUUCCGGCGUGAGUUAUUUCUCGACAUUGACAUUUCUAACUCGCCAAGCAGGUUGUCACCCCUUAGCUUAUGGACUUGAGAAUACUUAUGUAUAUCGAUAUACCACCUACCUACAAAAAAACACUUGUAAGACAGAGAGCAAUGAGAUUUAUAUAUUUACAGCUGAUGUACUAUAUAUUUUUAAAAGUUAUUACGUUUCUUUCCACGUAGCCGUGUCAAUGUAGUCGUGUAUAUGUUGUAUAGUUGAUAGGCUCAAGAUUCCUAUUGCAACGGAUAGUUACUAUAAGUUGAGCGGUCGCUAAGGGCGCGCAUACACGCGCCGGUCCUCGGCUCGCGCGUACAUUUUGAACGGACCGACGACGGGUGUGAGAAAUCCGCGUCGUACAAUGUUCCUAAACUAACGAGAUGUAGAUAAAAUUUAAAAAAGAAAUCUGCAAGAGCGGCCAGGGUUCCCGCUAGGGCCCAGUAAAACAAGUUCCUAUAAGGGCGCGUCCAAACCCUGUUCCUGAACUAAAAGAAGUAGACGCGUCCCCACCAUUUUUUUAUUCGAUUUUAAAAAUUAUUAAGUGAUGUGCGCGAGAAAAAAGAAAACUCUUUUAUUAUUAUCGCUAUUAUUAUUGAUCAUUAGUUAUUGAUAAAGAAGUUGAUGAGGUGAACGCGCCCGCCAUAUUUAUCAGAUAUAUGUAUAUGUAACUGAAUAUAUCAGCUGGUCAAGAGGGGGGAGACGAUAGGUCGCUUUUUCGAGUUAGAAACGUCGACUCAGAUCCCCGUUCCGGCAGUCAAAUUGGUUCCUACUAAUUAAUAAUCGACACAGUGUUUUUAAGUAAUAAUAUAGUUAUUAUGUUUUAAACAUAUGGUUGGUUUUCACCGGCAUUGUACGUAUACAUAGUAGUAGAUAUAUAUAUAUUAUAUAUAUUUAAAAUUUUAACUAGGUUUUAACGUAAUCCAAAAUAACUCAAAACUGGGGAAUACUUCGGUAUGACCUGCCUCGCAUACUAGUGAGUUUCUUUGGAACUAUGUGUGAUUGUUGACGUGGCGCGUGCGCGCAGACGUAACAACGUGAAUGUGACGUUGGACUAUUACACGAUUAUUAUUACUAUUCAUAUUUGAUUAUAUUUAUUAUUACAUUAUUAUUGCUAUUUGUGCGGUUGGUUCGAUGUGACUUUGUUUUCGAUAUUUCUAGACGCGGGGAGGCCUUACCGACUGUCGCGCCCCACCUCCCACGAGACGCCCCUGUGCCUAAGAGUCCAUAUUCUGAUUUAUACGGGGUAUAUUUAUUUUUUUUGAACUAUAGCAAAAAUACUAAUUGUUUUUAAGUGCCACUGAAUGGCCGUUGACUGCAACUUCUUUAGUAUAUGGUGCACAUGUAUGCAGGGUUUAUUUUUUCAGGCCAGCCUGUAUAUGCAUGCUCAGAGUUGAACUAUAUACUUUAUUCCUCGAAGUAUCGUAUCCUAAAGCGCUUAUCUUUGUUUUGACAUUAAGGAAACCUGUCGUUAUAUAUAUAGCAAAAAAGGAACAAAGUUUGUGUAUAUUUUGCCUUACAAUUGAUCACUAUAAAACAGUAUAAUAUAUAGUUUUCCGUUUUUGAUUUUCGGUAAUAAAAUAAAGCAAAUUAGUGUGAUGAUGAACCAUUCCAAUUACUGUAGCACCAACUUCAAUAUUUUGCUUGGCAUAUAUGACAGUUUCCGUUUGUGUCACAAAAUGAAGAAAAACACCUAUGGGCACGAAAAGUCGAAUCGCAGAUGCCCGCUGUCGUAUAUCGUUGAACUCGUCGUGAAACGCGCUCUUGGAAUAUGUUUCAAUGUACAGGGGGUUAUAUUUAUAAUGAGCAAGUUUGUACCUGGCCAGAAAAACUAAACACGCUGCAUACAUAGAGACCUAAUACUUAAGACAGAUCGGAUAGGGGGUCAUCUUACUUGGACGACCAAGUUUAUUUUAUGGUUUUUAUUGACAAAAAACUCAAAUAGACGGUAAAUAAACUCUGGCCAAUUGGCAAAGUGCAAUUUUAAAAUUUCAUUUUCCGCGAAGCACCUCGUAUACGAUCUAAAAUCGACGAAACAAUAGGGGUGGUCGGUAAAGUCGCCCCGCACGCGUUGGGGUAGCCCCUCCUCGCCCAUACAAGUGGUUCCUAACAUGUUUCAUAUCGCCUCACUUUCCGAAUAUUUUCUACUAACGACUGUUGAAUUUUUUACACGGUAAGUGCGCAGUUUGCUUUUGUAUACCUCAGUACAAAAACGCUCUCUCACUCUCUCUCUUUCUCUCCAUUCGACUAACAAAAAGUAAUACUCUUUGAUCUGUGAGUUGUUUGUUUUGUUUCGUUUCUUUUAUACUACCGCUUUCUCUCAAUCAUACGCGACGGCUAUGGGGCUAGGCUUUGAAAUUUCGUUUUUAUUUUCCGGUGCGUGGUUCCUAAAUGACAGGUAGGUCGUGUAGCCUCGUAGCCGUCAAUAUUAACAGACGUUUUACAAAAAUGCUACUCCAACGGGGGUUCCUUAUAGUUUGUGCAUGAUUCCCUGGUCACCGAGCUUUGUUUCCGUAGUACUAACACUGAUAACGUAACUUUAACCUUAAAAUUCGACCUGUAGCUCAGCGUAGCUUCAAGUUUCAACAACUAGAAAAACAAAAAUUUUAUUUUAUGUUCCGCCCUUGUAACUCAAAUUGAGAGUUUUAUUUGGGACUUGUAACAGGAAAUUAGAACUUGCAGGGCUCUGGCGACCCUAGUAACUUUAAAUUCCUACUAAAUGGACACUAGUGGCUCAAGAGUUUAUUUUAUAUACAGGUUUAGGGUCCUUCGUUAUUAUAGCUUUAAAUUUAAACUGAGCCCUAGAAUGUAAACUAAUUUCACUUGUAAAUUUAAAUUUGCAAAUGUGAUAACACGCUUGUAAUUUAAAGCUCUAUGACUAAUUGACGCUUUUGACCAUAAAAUAACACUAACAUACUCUAAGUUUGUACUUACAAUUAGCAACUGUAAUAAUAAAUUCUCUAUUGAAGUUAAAAAAGUUAAAUACUUUUGAGGCGUCUGCGUUUGAAAUCAAGAUCACGUCUUUUGAGUUAUGGCUGCAAAAUUGAUUUCGUCACUUGGUCUUAUGAUACGCAAAAACUGCACAAAUCAACCGAACCUAAGAAGCUACCAGGUUACAAUUCUAUAAGGCUCAUUUUAAUUCCCCAAAUAAAGGUUUGUUUACCUAAAUUUCUCGACCUUUUUUGUGAAUUUGUUUUACUAGUGGCCCCUUUACAUUAUUUCGUGCGUUUUGUUUCGAUCGACGGUGUAUAAAGUACUACCCCCUCCCAGGGAGGUUCGCCGCUGCAUUUUUGUAAAUACGUCCAGAUCACUUAGCGUUUAAGUGUUUUUUUUUGUAUAAUUUUUCGGGUACGUACUCAGACCCCCCUCCCCGCGAGACUUGACAAGAAAAGUGAUUUUAGGUUUAGGUUACUGCGACGUCUUUAUUUAUUUUCGAAUUCUCGCGAUGUAAAUACCAUAAGUUUAGUUUGUACAAAAAACUUGGCGGGGGGGAGACGCGAAAAACUCGCGUAUGUUUGAGGGAGAGUGCUAUGACGUAGCUUGCGCGUUUAGUUGGUUGUUUUUUCGGCGGACCAUUUUCCCCGCGCCAUAUUUUUAAUAUAUAUUUUUUUUACACACCCACACCCACAGACCCCCCGCCCCCUCCCGAAGGAUGUUAUUGUUGUGUUUUCCGAUUUUUCGACAAACAACCCCGAUGAAUAUUAAUAAUAAUAACUUCUAGGUAAAUGUUUGUAUCCUACGGCUUCAGCCGCUCUCAUUUUGUGAGUGUAUAUG